GGCGGGUCUGGAUUUUCUUCCGGUCGCUUCGAUUGGUACAACUACUGCCAUCCUUAAUCCUCAUCAACAUUCAACAUCCACCCGCAAUAUCCCGGUUAUCUCCUUUCUUGGGUUUAGAGUUUCCUCCUCUCGCAGUCACCCUAACUCGCUCCGGAUUCUGGCACUCGCCUGCUCGGCUCAUCACAGACUAUGGCUUCCCAAUCUGAUAAACAGCCAACCCCAUCCGACCAAACCAAUCCCAAUGCUUGGGAGCGGGUGGAGCGGAAAUUCACCAGCAAACCGGCAAGCGAAUACUUUGACCCAUGUCAAGAUUUCGCAGAUCGAAGCCUCAAGUGCAUGAAGCGCAAUGGCUUCGAUAAGGAGAUGUGCUCGGAUUAUUUCCAGGCUUAUCGGGAUUGUAAGAAGGAAUGGUUAACGCAAAAGAAGCUUGGCUCGUCUGCAGCAAAACGCUAAUUGAGGGCUUCUUGGGUUUCCUAUGCUGCACUGGCUUGCAUUCGGAACUGCCACCAUCAUAGUCGCCCUGUCAGCGCGCCUGUAUUUACCAGUCCUUCAAUAUCUUCUGAGACAGAACCAUGUUCUCACUUAUCUCUUGCUCUCAUUGGUGUGCUACCAUUUUUGUUCAAGCCCAAGGCCAUCGACAUGAAUGCUACUUUUCGGCGGUCUCAGCCAUGCACCAGCAAGCCGCUUAUAUGUUCAGUGACUUGACGAAAACUCUGUUUCCAACACCUGCUGCUGUUAUCGGGAAAGCGAUUACGAUUUCUGCCAUGAUAUACCUGGCCUUCCUUCACUAUUCCCCGGUUCGUCUGUACAGUGGGGGAGGUCUCAUUUGGUCAUGAUCCUUCCUGGCGUUCAUACUGCAUGGCUUCAGUCAUUGGUCUGGCUUCUGCUAUCUGUAUAAUAUAUGUGUCACUAUUAUAGUAACCCCGGUCCCAACUCUUGACUCACAAUACCA